AUGCGCGCGAUUCGCUCGACGACGCCCGCGCGCGGUCGAGCGGCGCGCGACGCGCGCGCGCGAUGCGAACGCGCGUCGAAGGUUUCGAUCGCGGUGAAGUUGAACCGUCGCGACUUUGUCCGCGCCGUCGUCGUUUUCGAGUCGCUCCGGUCGCCGCGCGCCGACGCGAGCGACGCGACGGCGUCGGGAAACUUGGCGUCGACGGUCGCGGUCGACGGACGGGCGUACGCGUCGCUGCGAGAGGCGCUGGCGAACGCGCGGAGUGGGUCGACGGUGACGCUGGCCGCCGCGAGCGCGCACGAGGGAACGUUCGCGGCGAACGUCGAUGGACUCACGAUCGACGUCGCGGACGGUGGCCGGGCGACGUUGAGUCACUUUACGUCGAAUCCGUACGAGAGCGUGCUGGAGAUUCGCGGUCGAGGGGUGGUGGUGAAGAAUUUGGACGUCGCGCACGGGUCGAAAUCCGUGGCGAACAAUUACGGCGUCUUCGCGGUGGAGGGCUCGAGCGCGACGUUUGAGUCGUGCGCGGUGAAAUCGACGACUGGUUCGGGAUUUGCGGUGGAGGGUGGGGAAGUCACGCUCGUCGAUUGCGUCGCGAGCGGGUGCGCGUCGCACGGAUUCGUCGGUUUGGGGGACUCGACCGGUUUGCCGGGAAGCGGUCGAGCAACGUUGGAGCGGUGCACGUUCGAUGGUAACAACGCCAACGGGGCGUUGAUCCGCGGAGGGGUCGUCGUGCACAUGCGGCACUGUACGUUGAACGGUAACAAGCGUUACGGCGUGGAGUUGAUCGAUUGCGAGGGCGAAAUAGAGUCGAGCGAGCUUCGUAACAAUGCGAAAGGCUCCAUCAACGCGACAAACGGUGCGGAAACAUACGUCGUGGUCUCGAACGACGUGAGCGUGCUGUAG